GCGGCGGCUGGUUACCGGCCCAGAGUGCAGCGCGGCGCUAGCCAGUGAAGGCGUGGAAAAUGGUGACGAGCGUGCAGGAUAACAUGGAGAAGGAUCAACGUAACAUUAUAGUUUUUAACGCAUCAAAGAAAGAGCUAUUUUCUACCACUAGUGGAUACAAGUCAUUGCAAAAGAAACUCCGCACCAAUUGGAAGAUACAAAGUUUUAAAGAUGAAAUCACAGAAGAGAAACUAAUAGGUGUGAAACUGUGGAUCACAGCUGGUCCCAGAGAUAAAUUCACUGCCACUGAACUUGAUAUAUUGAAAAAAUACCUGGAACGUGGAGGGUGCAUUCUUGUGAUGCUGGGAGAAGGUGGAGAAUCUAAAUAUGACACAAAUAUAAACUUUUUAUUAGAGGAGUAUGGAAUUAUGGUGAAUAAUGAUGCUGUUGUAAGAAAUAUGUAUUAUAAGUACUUCCAUCCCAAAGAAGCUUUAAUAUCAAAUGGAAUUUUAAACAGAGAAAUCAGUCGAGCAGCUGGGAAGUCUGUGCCUGGAAUGAUGGAUGAAGAAAACAAUGGCAACAACUUGCAAGCCCUGACGUUUGUUUAUCCAUUUGGUGCUACACUGAGUGUCAUGAAACCGGCCAUUGCAGUGCUGUCGACAGGUUCUGUGUGUUUCCCCCUCAACAGGCCAAUUCUGGCCUUCUACAAUUCCAAGCUCCAAGGUGGAAAAUUGGCUGUUCUGGGAUCUUGUCAUAUGAUCAGUGACCAAUAUUUUGACAAAGAAGAAAAUGGCAAAAUCAUGGAUGUUGUCUUUCAGUGGCUGACUACAAAUGAAAUCCAUUUAAACCAAAUUGAUGCUGAGGAUCCAGAGAUUUCAGAUUAUACCAUGCUUCCAGAUACAGCUAAACUGUCGGACAGACUGAGGGUGUGCUUGCAAGAAGGGGAUGAAAAUCCACGGGAUUUUACGACACUAUUUGACAUGUCGGUCUUUAAACUGGACACAAUGGCUCUCCCAAAAGUUAUCACGGCUUAUGAACAACUAAAUGUGAAGCAUGAAUCACUUCAACUGAUACAACCUCAGUUCGAAACACCACUUCCUACACUGCAGCCAGCUGUCUUUCCUCCCUCCUUUCGAGAGCUGCCAGCGCCAACAUUGGAUCUCUUUGAUCUUGAUGAAACAUUUUCAUCUGAAAAAGUCAGGCUUGCUCAGCUGACCAACAAAUGUACCGAUGAUGAUCUGGAAUUCUAUGUUCGCAAGUGUGGUGACAUUCUUGGUGUAUCAAACAGACAAGAAAACAAAGAUGCAAAAGAAAUUUUAGAACACAUCUUUUUCCAAGUGGUGGAAUUUAAGAAACUGAAUCAGGAACAUGACAUAGACACAAAUGAAGAUGGAAUAAUUAAUUUACAGAAUGAAAACUGAGUAGCUGUGUUCCAACUGAUUCAGCAGAUCUUGGAGAUUUCAGCAGCAUCUUUUACAAUUUGCAAAUUGUUGGAUUCCUUACUCAAAUUUUAUAUUUUUGUAUUAAAGAGUUGAUGACUUUGGCCGUCUACAACUUCAACAUAUUUCAUACACUACUGUUACAUUAUGAUGAAUUUAUCCUCCAAAACAACAUAAUUUGUAUAUACAUCUCCAGUUACAGAACCAUUAGACAUUAGUUUUAGACAUUAAUUCUCGCCUUUACGUUAUUUUAUAUUUAGAAUGCAACUCAUACAUGAAAUUAUUUUCAUAUUAUAUUUACUUUAUUGUACUUAAGUAUUGCUAUUUAUCUACUUGUUUCCAGUAUGUAUUUUGAUUUGUAAAUAAAAAAAAUAUCCAAUA